UAUUGCAUGGAGGAAUCAUGUUCUGACUUCUGAUCAUAUUGUAAGACAAUAUCUUAGAGAAAUAACAUGGCGGAAAUUAUCUGUUGUAGUAAUGUCUUUGAUGCGCACGUAUAUAUUAUCAAGGUACUGGUCAAUAGGAGUCCGGGGCUGGGUGUUUGGCGAAGCAGGAAGCUCGACGGCAGUGUGUUAUAUUAUAUGUAGUAAGGCGUUUUGUCCUCACUGAAGCUCUAUGAACGGCGAGCGUAAUCAAUUCUACUGAGUGGCCGAUUUAUUGAAAGACAUUUACGCGGAGAGAAGUGAACGGCACGAUGGACAGGCGAAAAUUAUCGACAUCUGGUGAUACACUUUAUGUAAUUUUGGGUCUCCCGAAGACAGCUACAGCAGAAGAUGUCAAAAAGACAUAUAGGAAACUUGCCUUAAAAUACCAUCCUGAUAAGAAUCCAAAUAACCCAGAAGCUGCUGAACGGUUCAAGGAAGUAAAUCGAGCACACAGCAUUUUGAGUGAUUUGACAAAAAGGAAUAUAUAUGACAAUUAUGGCUCUUUGGGCUUGUAUAUAGCAGAACAGUUUGGAGAAGAAAAUGUGAAUGCCUACUUCCUAGUUACAUCUGGAUGGUGCAAGGCUUUGAUAAUUUUCUGUGGCAUCAUAACUGGUUGUUACCUAUGCUGUUGCUUUUGUUGUUGCUGUAACUUCUGCUGUGGAAAAUGUAAACCACCUCCACCUGAAGAUAGUGGAGAGUAUCACACAUUGCACGAAGAUUUAAGCGAUGAUGAAGCUGGACCAGCUGUAACUUCUCAGCCUACUGGUGCAAGUGCUGUGUUUGUUGCGUCUGCCCCUGAUAAUGCAACGGAGAAUACAUCACUGAACCCAGCAGAAAAAGUGACAUAUACACCUGGGUUGUCAGAGAAGGGGUCUCCAUCACACAUAGCACAAACAGCACAGCCUCAACAACAGUCAAAAUGGUAAUGGGGGAGUACCCUAGUUCUGCAGGUAGACGUGUACAAGAAACUGAGGAAAGUAAGUUGACGUACAGUGGCAGUGUCUGAUAAACUUUGUACUUAUAAGAACUACAGCCCUUCAUUCCUGUUAUAAUAUAAUUAUUAUCAUCAUCAAGAGUUGAAGUGUUAUUUCAUUUAACUACAUGCUUGUGAUUGAUUUAUCUUUAGUGGCACCAGACAUUAGUCACAAUGAGAAGUAAGCAUUUUUUAAAUCUGGGAAAUAGCUAUUUUUACUUCCACCCUCAAAAUAAUGAUGUACAUUCAGUGACAUGCUUGCUUGUUGCUAUGCUCACUUAAUUUUACUCUAGUCACAUGCAGUGUGGAAAUGUAUAGGGGAAUCUCACAAAUUUAACACUACCCCUGUUAAUCAAGUAAGUAACUUCUGUGGUUGUAUCUGGGUGCAUCUGUAAUUAACUAUUACAUGGAGUGUGUAAGAGAGAAUAGGAUUGAACGUUGAGAGGGCCAAAAUUGCCUGUUGUUUAGAAUUAUUAGUUUGUAUGUGAAUGUAGCAGUUGUAUUGUUAUGCCUGAAAAGAAACAUGAAUGCAACAAGAACAUCUGUUGGAAGUAAAUGCAUUUGAUUUUAGGAUUAGUUAUAUCCUAUAAGAAAGUGGGGGGAAAAAGUGUCACAGGUUUGAAUGGUCUUCCAAGAUUUCCAAAUAAAUUUACAGAAGACUUUGUUAAAUUACCUACAGUUGAAUUGUUGGCGACUAUCAGUAUGUUUGGAAGAAUCAGUUUUACCGUUAGCUACUUAGUAGUAGUGUAUAGACUGUAAGCUGCCAAAUGAAAUGCAUAUGUUCGAACUUGAUUUCUGAAAAUUCAGCAGAGACUGAAAAUAUUAACUCUGUAAAAUUUACAAUCAGAAUUUGUUUGUUGCAUACAACAAAUUGAAACUGUCUUCAAAGUAAUAAUUAUUGACAAUUAGUGUUCUCGGUUUAUUUUCUCUGAGACACAGUAAAUUAUUCACUUUCAGUCAUUGUUCAAGGGCAGGAUAUGCUUCAGUCUUCUCUGGCUUUGCAGAUAAUUGUGAUUGUAUUUACAUCAAUUACCACUGUGAGUCAUUUAUCAGAAAUGCUUGGAUGUUAAAAAUUAACAACACUUCGUUGUCAAGUAUUACAUGUUUAUUUUGUGAGCAGAUGUAUAUUACUGUGUAUAAAUUUUGGUAUUGUAAAAACUGUAAAUUUAACUUAACUAAUAAAUACACACUUUUUUAAAUAUGUGAUACUAUAUAAAGCAGGUGUAAAAACCUAUUUAUGAUAUUGGGAAUAGCCUGGCUAGAGUGUUUUAAGUUGUGUAGCUUGGUUUAAAAGCUCUAAGACUGCCACAAUUGCAUUCUAAACUUACUAAAUGAAAGAGAGGGAGAGAACUGUGGUUUGUGAAUGAUAGUCAUUCAGGAGGCUUGAAUUCAUUCAGUAUGGCUUAAGUUGUGUGUCAUUAUAUUUCCAGAUUUGGAAAACAUUAUUAAUAUAUGAGAAAUGUAAUGUUUUUUUUAUUCAGUGCAGCAUAUAAAAUAAGAAUUUGUUCUA